AUGCGUCUCCCCUACGUCGCCGAUCCUCCUCCAGUUCAAACCACCGAAGAUGCCGCCAUCGUGCAGCGCAUCCGUGAGCGCCGCGCUCCACGGCCUCUCCAAGCACUGGACCUGACGCUCCUCCAUUCACCCCCCGUAGCAGACGGCUGGAACUCAUUCCUCGGCGCCGUCCGCACCAAGACUUCUCUCGCCGACGACGUGCGAGAGCUAGCCAUCUCACGCGUUGCCGUGUGCAACAAGGCGUGGUAUGAAUGGGGGCAUCAUGCGCCACUGGCCAUCCAGGGCGGCGUGAGCGUGAAUGCCAUGGAGGCUGUGAAGAGCGAUGUCUUGGGAGAGAGGCCAGAGGGGCUGUUGAGCGAGAAGCAGUGGGCUGUGCUGGUGUAUACGGAUGAGAUGACGAGAAACGUGCAGGUCAAGGAUGAGACGUUUGCGGCGUUGAAGAGUCAUUUCAGUGAUCAGGAGGUUGUGGAGAUUACGGCAACGGUCGCUGCAUACAACUGCGUGAGUAGGUUUUUGGUGGCUUUGAAUGUGGGUGAAAAGAAUGGCACUGUCCCCGGGCCUGUUUCUGAAUUGGCUCCUCAUUGA